AUGGCCCUAGCAACAUCAGCCAUAUUUGACAAGAGGCAAGAUGAAAACAUAGUGCAUUCCCAAUGUGAAAGAGUACAAAGUGGAACUACAAACAUCACAGUGUGCGAUUCUGUCGAAGUUCAGCCUUGUGUCUUCCAGUCGGAUAGUGAUAAAGGAUCACCAGUUAGUUCCUGUCAAGUUGCUAGUUGUGAUUCAGACUCUGGAAGUUCACGACAACUUCACAUUUCAGAAAAAACUAGUAAAACUAUUGAAAUUAGAAAUUCAGAUUCAAUUACUUACGAUGUAAAUACUAGUGUAAGUGUUGAAUGUAGUAAUACUGAAGGUACUGUUUUAAGUUGUGAGGAUCGAGAACCUAGACCUAGUAAGUCACACCAUAAUACACCACAUCACAGGCCAGAUGCAGUGAAGGGGGAACGAAGGAAAAAUAGUCUAGAAGAAGAUGCCAUCCAUAUUUAUAGCAAGUAUAUAGCUCAGGAUGCUCCUCAUUCAAUAGGCAUAACUCACGAGCUACAUAAUCAGAUUAUUGGUAAGAUAUGUCAGGAAGAUGGUAAUAUUGCAGGAGAUACUUUUAUUGAUGCUCAAGCCUUUGUAGUAGAGAAAAUGGAAACAGAGUAUUUUCCGGACUUCCUUCGGAGUAAUUUUCACUGUAAAUACCAAGUUGACGUCCUCACCAGUGGUAGUGUCUACUUAGCUGACAUUCUUUAUAAUGACACUGCCUUGUUCUACUUCAUGGAAUUCAUGGAACAAGAAUCGGCUCAUCAUCUAGUGGACUUCCUACUCAUGACUAGAAACUUCCACAACCAGUUGUUGCAUCAGGGGGCAAAGUAUGAUGGUGCACAGGCUCAAGAUGAUGCGAUGAUCAUUUAUGACAAGUAUUUCUCUCUGCAGGCCACCAGCCCACUUGGUUUUAGUGAUGAGAUCAGGUUCCAAGUAGAACAGAACAUCUGUCGGGAGGAAGGUCCGCUUCCUGACUGCUUCUUGAAGCCUGUAAUGAUCCUAAUGCAAUACAUAGAGAAGUUGUAUCUCCCUCAUUUCCUUGGAAGUCAGCAGUAUGUCAAGUUCUUGACAGAAUGCAUUAGCACUAUUCAGACAGGAAACGAUUGGCCAGGAAGGAGAAAACGAUCUGGGAGUGACAGCAGCAGCAGUGAACACAGUGUUAAUAUCCAUACAACCAACACACUCUUAGCCAUGGGUAGUAAACAUGUGAACCCUAAAUCGAAGAAUGUCCUUGAUAAAAUUGGACAUCAGGAUAUAAGGAUAGACACAGGACUUUUUGACCCAGACUUCCUUUGGCAGCGACAGCUAGCUGGGAAACUUCAAUUGGCCCAUGUGGAUAAGUAUGGGAAAGUUCAAACCGAGUUUGAGCCAGAACCCGACAGAAAAACAGGUUCAUUGCUCUCCAAGGCUGUCCGUAGGUUUGUGAACAAGGAGGAAAAGGCUCAAGAAGAAAUGGCAUGGCAAAUAGCAGAGAUGAUUGUCAAGGAUGUUUGUCAGUUGACCUUAAAGACAGAAGACUCCAAGACGAAUAGGAAAUCCAGUGAACAUGAAGUUUCUUAGUUGAAUCUAAAAUAGAGUAAAAGCUAGACAAAGUACACAAACAAGGAUAUUUCCGUCUUCCUAUCUUGAAGAAUGCGACGGUGAGCGAUAACGCAAGUUACAGCCCUCUACUCUUUCUCACAAGAUCCCUUGUGCGUGUCGACUGACGAAAGAUUAUUUCUAAGUUAUUGCCUGUAGUCAUCCAAGUUCUAGUUUGUUUAAGUUUGUUUGAAUAGUUUAGUUUUUUUUAAGAAAUGUACAUUUUGAAAUAUGUGUAUGAUUAGUAAAGUGAUUGAAGCCUUUAGACAGGGAUGAACAUGGACAACUAUUCAUUUUUUUUUUGAUAAUAUUGUUUAUCAGCUGCCCCAAUGUUAGUGUAUGUAUAAAUUUUGUACUGUAGAUUUUAUUUUAAACAAGUUUGUAAUUUUUAACACUUAAAGUACAAGCAUUUUUUGAACCAAACUCAACUUGCUUGUUAAACAUGUUAUACGAGAGAUAAUAUCUACUACAUUGUUAUUGGUAUUAAAAGUUUUGUUAAACAAUGUAAAAGCGAUUGAAUUACAUUGUAUUCUAGUUGCCAACAACUCACACACAUCUUGGAAGUUCAUUUAAUCAGUAGUAAAAACAUUUUUCUUGAAACAUUGCUGAGUUAUAAAUAUGUGUAAGUAUCUUAUGAAGAACUAAAGGGUUGAAAAGUCUUCUCACCUACUACUGAAUGGCAAUGUGACGUCUGCUUUAGAAUGAUAAGUUUUAAUGGUAAUUAAUAAUGCCUUUGGUGAGUGUACUAACCUUUACUCAAAGUCGUUCUUGUUAUUCUUAUGUAAAAUGUUGAGUAUUCUACAUCAAUAUAGAUCUUACCAAACUCAAUAAAGAAAGAGGGUAGCAUUCUUUAAACCAUGGCUUACAUUGAUCAGGUGGUAACGAAAUUGGUAUCUACUUCGUAAAACUCAGACUGAAGAGACAGUUGCCAGACAUUAUGGGUAAUAAGAACUAUUCAUAAGAUGGAUAUUUUGUGUGUGUGUGUGUGCAUAACCCGCUCCUUUAACUUUAGGAACCCUUUGUGUAUGUGUAUAUUCGUUUUUCAACUGGUUAAUUUGUGGGGUUUUUUUCCAUUGCUCCUUAGAGAACAGCAUGGGGAGCCGAUGAAAGAAGUUUCUUUAGUGUUGUUAACAGUUUACAAUAUAUUAUAGAUUUUUAAGUAACAAAUUAAACACAAGUUCAUGAUUUUAAAACAUGCAUUUGACAUGUUAAAAGCUUGCAUAAAAUUGUUCUUAAGCAACUACUAGCAAUUAAUUAAGCAACUAAUUAUUAAGCAACUAUUUGAUAUUGAAAUGAUUGAAACAGAAUAGUGCAAGUUAUAAUACGGUACACUUGAUUGUUUCGUUAUUGUGUACCAAAACUUCUUGAAUCUCAGUAAACAACAAGAAAUUUAACUAAUUCUUCUCACUACUCAACACGUUGAGGCAAUAGUGAAUGAUAAUCUGUUAUACAGAGGCCAGGCUAAACUCAGAAUUGGUAACAUAUCAUAAUGUAAUUAUUUUUCAUCAUAACUAAUGCUUUUCACUUUCCCCUUAUUGUUCAAAGUUAAAUGGUAAUUUGCUUAAGUCAAAUCUUGUGUGUGUGCGUUAAAGAAUUGUGUCAAAUCAUGCUUUGAUUCUUAUAGUUUAAAAUGUAGAGUUAAAAUUACUACCAGAUUCAUAGUGGUUUUUAAGUGUAGUCCUGAACUGUAAGGGUUGAGGUGCAAAUUCAAAUUAUUAUGAGGUUAAAAGAAUUUAAGGUUUAGAGUUAAAAACUGUUAUUUGAUUUUUAAAAUUGGAGUAGAAUUGAGUCAUUAUUCGGUCUAUAGAAGGUGGAGUACAUUGUGAACGUGUCUUAUGAUUUACAGAGAUUGAAAAUAUGUCUUCCAUAUGUAAAAAUAGAUGUUAUAUACAGGAAUUUAUCAUUUAAACGUAAAAGUGCAGUAAGUUUGAAGGUGUAAACCGUUAAUUUGCUAAAACAACUUCUUACUUGAGUGUUCUGUUAAUUGUGGCUGUUUCUCUGGCUUAGUAAACAUAGCAAUAAACUAAUGAUACCUUUAUCAAGCUGCAAGAAAAGUAGCUUGCAGAUAGUUUUUUUGUUGUUGUUGUUAUUGAUAGAAAUGUGAUCCAAUGAAAUAUGAUUGGAAGCUAGAAAUAAAAUUUCUGUGAUGCAAAAUACCUUCACAGUAACUAUUGAUUAUCAGUGCUGAUUAGCACAUAUAAAGGUUGUGGCAAAAGUGAUUUAAUAAUUGUUUUAUUUAGAAGAUAGUUUAAUUUCUAACGUUUUAUCCUGAAACAAAUGGUAAUUAAAUAGUUUCAUUUGUCUUCUUAAGAUUUUCUUUAGUACCAAGUUUAUAGUAACUUCUGCCUCAUUGUAUAUUUAUGUUGUUUAAUAUUAGUUGUUUUUUUUCAAAUACACGUGUAGACAAGGUAAUGAUUCUUUCAAAAUAUACAAAUUCACUGUGUAUUCAUCCAUAUUGUGAUCGACUUAAUAUUAACUUGUAUUAAUUUUCUUGGAACGAUUUUGCACCCAGGGAUAAGUAACCGAGAAGUAUGUAUAGGAAACUAAGGUUGUUAUUUCAGUCGUUUGUCAUUUAUAGUUCAGAAAAGACGACCUUUAUGGAACCUCAUUUUACUUGCAUAUUCAUAGAUUCAUCAUAAUUAUUUCAAGGCUUUAGACUAGGAAUAUAGUAAUAAUCAGUGCUAGGAAUUAUAUGCGAGAAAAACAGUAAUUGGAAAGAACUUUCAAUUAGAAAUUUUUGUUUGAAAACACUCAAUCCCAAACUGAUGAAUCGAAUAUUAAGAUCUGAUUAACUUUCACACAGAGCUGUAAUUUUGAAUGUUACUGACUUAUGUAACAUCCACACUAAAAUUGAAUAUCUUAGACAGUUUGAAAGAAUGGAUAUGUAUCUUCACACAGAAACUUAAUGAAUAGAUAUUUUUGAUUGACAGUUAGGUUACUAAGAGAUUGGACUUUUGAGCCAAGCAUAGUAGACAUUACAAAUUACAAAAUAGGUUUAUUUUAAGAAAAAUACAAGGGUUGAGUUAGUAACCAGUAAUUGUCGCAUACAUAUAUAUAUACACACACACACACACACACAUCUUAUGCAAAGGAAGCUUGCCUGCUUAUUUUUAUUGUCUGUUUCAGAAGAUUUUGAUUCUUUUUGUGUGUGUUCAACAACUAAUCUUACCUGACCAGUCCUAUCGUUAUUACUGUAGGCUUAGUAACCCAAAGUAUAAAAAUCUUCAAAAGUUUUUUUUGUUGACUAAUGACUAGAUUUGAAGUCACAGAAUAUCUAAUUAUUCUUAUUUCUUGAAGUAAUUUAAAUGAGUUACCGUGAUGUAAGCACAAUAACAGGAUAUUUAGAAACAACAAGAAACAAUUUAGUCCAUGUUGAUUAUUAGCAGUUGUAGGAAUUACUAAAACUUUUUCUGUGAAAUCUACACAUUUUAACCUCAGUGUCUCUGUAAUACUUAAGGUUAUAAAACCACCUGCUACAUAUUAACUGUUUUCUACUGUAUAUUAUUGCUUAAACCUUACAUGAGCUGGCUGGUUUGUGAAAGCAUCAUCAAAAUUUCUCUUACUUGUAGAAAUUCAUGGGUUCUAAAAAUGCCUUCACUAGGAAUUAAAACCUUCACAAUAAACCUGGGGAAAAGAUUAACUCCUUUUCAAAUUAUUAGAGCAGUAAAUUUGUGGGUGAAGUAAAGAAUGUCUUUAGAGAGGUGAGGAGUGUUUUAGUGUGCCAGCUAAGGAAGUGGUAAGGGGUAUAGCAAAUGGUUUAUCAACUGAGUGCAGGGUUUCAAAAACAUCCAUAAAUUUACAGCCAGUCAGUAAAACAAAAUCACAUUUUAACUUUCAUUAAAUGCUUAAAUAGCAAAAAAAAUGUUUUCUUUCAAUGACAUCAGUUAAAAAAGAUAGUGUCAGUAAAAUAAUGGCUACUCUUUAUUUGUAAUGUCAGUAAAAAGAUAUCGGCAGAGGGUGUGGUAAUGGAUAAUGUUUCAGCUGAGAUGUAUUGGACUCUGCCAUCCGAGAGAAAAUUGAUGGAUUCCUUACCUGAAGAAUAAGAAUGUAUCAAUUAAGUGAGUGGUAGGGGGGGGGGUUAACUGAGAAUUUGAAAGGAGAUUAUGAUAGUAGGCUAAAAGAGAAAUGAGAGGGUGUUUUAGCUGAAGAGGUCAGAAUUUUCUACCAGAUUAACUUAUUAUGCGAGUUCGUUACAUUAAUAGAGUAAAAAGUAUAAUAGCUGACAGUGUGGUACAAGCGUGUCAGCUAAUGAAGAGGUCAGAAUUUUCUACCAGAUUAACUUAUUAUGCGAGUUCGUUACAUUAACAGAGUAAAAAGUAUAAUAGCUGACAGUGUGGUACAAGCGUGUCAGCUAAAAGAUGGUAGGGGUUGGUCAGCUGGUAGUUAGUAGAUGGUAGUUUAGGAAUUGAUUAGUUGUGGUAAGGGGUGUCAACUGAGCUAGAUUUUAUUUUUAGGCGUAGCUGUUUUUAGAAGGGAAUUUUGUAGAUACACAUUGUUAUAAUUGUGUAUACUAUUAUAAGCUGUUGUUGGUAAACGUAUGAUAUUAAAUUCAUUCAGACAUUUAUAUGGUCUACGAAAACCCCAUUCGUCAUCACUGUACAUUGUAGCAAGAAAUAUUGUUUGUAUUGUUAAGUAAAACCCUGUUUUCUAUACCGAUGAGAUAUGUUACUAGGCCUUAGAAUUUCCCAUCAACUCGUACAAAGCAGACUUCGGGUUACGAAAGUAAGCGAACUUACAGGGUUUUGUAUUGUUCUAGGAAGAGUGUGAGAGACAGUUUGAAGAAUAUACUUAAAUAAUGUAGUGAUGGCCAUCUGUUAGAGUUUUAUGUGGAAGUGGUUUAUAAAGGUAAUUGUACAGAUAGAAGUUUCUUGAGCUGAGGGCAAUGUAUGCACAUAUUUCAUAAUUAAGAAGUCAAUACUUUGUAAAUAUGUGGAAAUAAAUAGAGAUUAUUCA